UUGGCCUUUUCAUUGGCUGAAACCACAGUCAGAUUCCACUGCGAAAUUAUCUGAUUGAAAAUCAGGGAGGGGAGAGAAGAAAGAGCGACAAGUGUGAUGCUUUUACUCUGCUUUGCUUUUCUGACUUUUAGGAAAGGAUUUUGUGUACGCAUUUUCCUUCGCUGAGCCGAUUCAUAUAAAUAAAAAAACAAGGGAAUAUUUUUUUGCUACACGUUGAACUUCGAAGGGAACCCGUUCAGCUAACGGAUCACCAUGCCCCGUUCAUUUCUGGUGAAAAACAAAAGGUGCAUGUCCUAUAAUAUUCACCGAUCAUAUGAAGACGAGCCAAAGGCGCCGAUAUGUACAGAAGCCCCACCAGAGGUUCAGAGCACAGACUCUUCAGGUAGACCUCAGUCUGAGGACCAGUCUUCCUCUCCAGAUCACAGCUCGUUUAAAAAGGAGGAGGUAAAGCUUGAAUGCUCCUUUCCUGUUCAUCCUGAGCCAACCAGGCCCCCUGUCGCUCCCACACAGCCAUACUACCUAAAUGAGCCUCACAUGGCAGAAUUCCCUCCUUAUUACAAGCCAUCGUACGCCUGGGAGUCGGUUCCUUCCUCCUACAAUCUCCAUCAGAUAAGUUUCAGCCCCACAGUGCUGCAGCACACCAGCAGUCCGUACAGUGCACACAUCAGCCGCAGUCCACAGCCUCAGCAGCCUCUGGACUGCAGCACACACUACUCCCCCACCUCCAACACCUACCACUGUAUCACCUGUGACAAGGUGUUCUCAACACCCCACGGACUGGAGGUUCAUGUCAGGAGGUCACACAGUGGAACAAGACCUUUUGGCUGCAGCAUCUGCAGAAAAACCUUCGGUCAUGCAUUCAGUCUGGAGCAGCACAUGAAUGUCCACUCUCAGGAAAAAAGCUUUGAGUGCAAGAUGUGCGGCAAAUCGUUCAAGCGGUCCUCCACUCUCUCCACACAUUUGCUCAUCCACUCGGACACAAGGCCUUACCCCUGCCAGUACUGCGGCAAGAGGUUCCACCAGAAGUCUGAUAUGAAGAAACACACAUACAUUCACACCGGUGAAAAGCCUCACAAAUGCCAAGUGUGUGGUAAAGCAUUCAGCCAGAGCUCCAACCUAAUCACCCACAGCAGGAAACACACAGGCUUCAAACCGUUUGGAUGUGACCUUUGUUCCAAGGGCUUCCAGAGAAAAGUGGAUCUCCGCAGGCACAAUGAGAGCCAGCACGGCAUGAAGUGAGGACAAAACGAGCAUGAGACCCACAGCUUCACAGUGGCAAGUGUUUGUACAUGCACAGUAAAAUUCUGUUAAAACAAUGUGGUCAUACUGAUGUAAUCUAAAAAUCUGAUGUAUUUUGUCUUUAUAAAUAAGGAAGCUGUGAACUCAAAUUCUGAUUGAAGGUGAUUUAAAUUCAGGAAAAUGUCAAAUGUAUGAAGAAUUGUUUAAAAUGCAUUUAGUUAAUAUAUUGGAAGGCAUCUUCUUUUAAAGGUGUGUUUAGAAGUGGAUGAAUGGAAGAUGUCAUUUAUAUUUAAAAUAUGCUUUUGGCAUUUUAGUUAAAACAACAACAACAACAAUAGCAAGAAUGUCACUUUUAGUUUGCUAUAAUUUAAGAUGUGCUCGAGCAAUGUAAAUUAGCCAGAGUCUGUAUGUGUGUUGAUACUGUAAGCGCUUUGCAUGAGCAGGAAAAUCCUUGGUUGUUCUGUUAGAAUAGAGCCAAAUACAAUAUGCAAUCUUGCUACAAGGUAAAAUACAUGCACAGUGUUUGUCUAAGAUGAAAGGAUGAGCACUGUAAAUACACUUUUUCUCCAUGUUUGAUUCUUUCCAUGUGU